AUGCCGACGCUACCAAGGUAUCUCAAGAAGCCGUCAUGGUGGGAACAGUCCAUGGCGGUCUUCUUUGCAUCGCUAAACUUCUACCGUGUGCACAUGAUGUGCUUUACCUUUGUGUGUAUCUUCUACGCGUGCAACACGGAGUUCCAUAUCAAGUAUGUCGACUGUCUGUUUCUCUGCGUUUCGUCGAUGUGCGUCACCGGCUUGGCCACUGUCGACCUGUCCUCGCUCUCGACGUUCCAGCAGUUCUUGAUGUACUUCCAGAUGCUGAUCGGGUCUCUGAUCUUUGUGUCCAUUAUCAUGCUGUCUGUUCGCAAGCGGUUCUUCCGGUUGAAAUUCAAGCAUGUCAUGGAAGAGCAGCGAAGCAAGCGCAGGUUCGAUCUAGCUAAGACCUUCACGAACUUCCCGACGACGACGGGACAGAUGACGAGCGCUUUGCGUCGCCGCUUCACGCGUCACCACGACGACACCGAAGAGGAGAACCACUCGGUGCCCCCGACGCCGGCUGACACGAUCCGUGAGAAGGACCACGCCAAGCCGAAGAAGAAGGGCCCGAUCAAGCUGACGACGGACAUGAUCCGUCGUGUCGACGGCGGCGGUGUUGGCAUGGUGAACCCGAUGGGUUGGUAUGACGCGAACACUCCCACACCCGGCAACCAGACCCCUGAGACAAAUCGCUCCGUUUCACCACGCCCCAUGUCGCGCGCCUCAUCAGACGGUCGGGAACCGAGCCAGACUGGGUCCAUUAGCGACCCGCAGACACUGCGGAACGACAGUGACCACAGUGACAAGGGCAAGGAGGAAUCCCGAUCCUCCAGCGAGGGCAAGAAGACGGAACGCCCUUCGGACGAUCUGCAAACUGCGCCUUCCCUGCUUAAGAAUUUCGGGGAGGAAUUGCGGACCGCUCCGACGCGCACAGAGGACUCGAUCGACAGCGAGCCCAGCCGUCCGCCACCGUCGCCUCGCCACAAGCAUGUGCCCGUCGCGUACAAGCCUACUCCCGCCGAGGACGACGCCUUCCCUCGUUCCAAGACGAUUGCCUUCGAUGAACCCGAGGACGGUAUGGACCACGAGCUGCACUUCUCUAAUACCCGCGACCCAUGGGGUACCGGACCAAGCAACUUCCCUCGCUCGGCGACGAUCCGCAGCGACAACUCGCGCUUCCCGCGGUCGGGUACGACUGGGUCUGGCUUCCCCCGCACAUCUUCCCUCAGCCGAACCGGAUCUCGCCUUGUCGACUCCAAGAUGACCGGUUUCGGAGGCUUCCCCACGCCGCUGGAGAUCGCCAGUGAUCUGUUCCACAAGGUCUUCCCCAAGGCGCACAGCAAGGUCAAGCGCACGAUCACGAUGCCGCGGACGGAGACGAUCUCGGGACACCAGAGCAACCAAGAGGGCCGUGACGUGCCGUACAUCUCCUUCGCUGCUACUGUGGGACGUAACUCCAACUUCCAGGACCUGACGGAGGAGCAGAGGGAAGAGCUUGGUGGCGCCGAGUAUCGCGCUCUCAAGAUUCUGUGGUGGAUUGUCAGCGUGUACUGGGUAUUCAUGCCGCUGGCAGGCGCGACCAUCAUUGCGCCGUACAUCGCUGCCGGAAACCGGUACGAUUGGGUGUUUAACGAGCAGCACAAGCAUGUGCGCAUCCCGUGGUUCGCCUUCUUCCAGUCGACCUCUUCGUUCUCGAACACUGGCAUGUCGCUUGUCGACCAGAGUAUGGUUCCGUUCCAGAAGGCUUACUUGAUGGCUGCUGUUCAGGCGCUCCUCAUCCUGUUCGGUAACACGUGCUUCCCCAUUCUCCUCCGCUUCAUCAUCUGGUCGAUUUACAAGCUCGCCCCCACCGGAUCCCAUGUCCGCGAGCCGCUCAAGUUCCUCCUGGACCACCCGCGACGAUGCUUCGUGUAUCUCUUCCCUUCGACUCACACGUGGUUCCUGCUCCUCGUGGUGCUCACCUUAACCAUCAUCGACUGGGUUUCCUUCAUGGUCCUCGACAUUGGCACGCCCGACAUUGAGGCUCUUCCCGUUGGAACGCGCAUUGCCGCCGGUCUCUUCCAGUCCGUUGCCGUGCGCGCGGCUGGUUUCGGCAUCGUACCCAUGAACAGCUUGGCUCCGUCGGUCAAGGUGCUCUACAUCAUCAUGAUGUACAUCUCCGUUUACCCGAUCGCCAUGUCUGUGCGUGCGACGAACGUCUACGAAGAGCGAUCGCUCGGACUGUUCGACGACGACGACUCGGAUGAGGAGGAUGAGGAGGAACACGAGGCGUCGGAGACCAGGGGUGCCCACGCUGUCGCCAAGUACGUCGGCUGGCACGCUCGCCGACAGCUCGCGUUCGACAUGUGGUGGAUUGCCCUUGCGCUGUGGCUCGUGUGCAUCAUUGAGCGCAACAACCUGAAUCGCACAGACAACGCCGAAUGGUUCAACACGUUCAACGUCAUCUUCGAGCUUGUCUCUGCGUACGGCACUGUCGGUCUGUCGCUCGGUGCCGGCAGCAACAAUUACUCGCUGUCGGGUGAGCUCCGCACGCUCAGCAAGCUCGUCAUCAUUGUCGUCAUGAUCCGUGGGCGCCACCGCGGCCUCCCCGUCGCCAUUGAUCGUGCCGUCAUGCUCCCUCGCGACUUCCAGGAGGAGGACGAGCGGCAACUCGAGUCGCGCCUGCGCCGGUCUCGCUCUCGCAUGACGUCCACAUUCGGCGACCGCGACCAGGUUCUCUCGCAGACAGGUUCUGGGUUCCCGCGCACAUUCACGAUGCAGUCGACGCCGGCCACUAACAUUGUCCCGCCGUCUCCGAUGAUUGCGCGCCGCGACUCGUCUGUGGGCAACCCUUCGUCGCCGGGCAUGGCGCCUCAGCACAAACCAGUCAUGCAUGCUAGCUCUGGCAUUGUACGUGAUGUUGCGGGUGUUCCGAGUGGGGAUGACGCCACGAGAUUCAUCAGCAUAUACUCUCGCCUUCGAGUCAAGCUGAAAGUCAAGCUCGACCUUCUCAAGUCAAGAACACGAGAGCGCCUUCCCUCCCUCCGUCCUUCAUCUUCCUCCCUCCCAUCUCGAUCCCGAGGACAAGACCAUGUCCCAGCCCUCCGCCAGCUUCUCUCACUGGGCAAGGCCAAAUCCUCCUCCUCCCCAUACAGCUCGAAUACGGGCCCAAAGGGUGUCCUGUCCGAUUCGCGCCAGGCGAAUGCCGAGGAACGCGAUGCAAGGCAGGCGGCUGUGAGACGCACGAGGGCAGAGCAGGAGGCGAGGGCUAUCACUGCGCUGGGGCCGGACGAGGGGACGCUGAGGAUACGUGAGGGACCUAUUGGUAUGUAUCCGACGAGCGCAGCGAGCUGGAUAAUGUCUCCCUACCACGGACGAGGGUUCAGAUCAGGAAGCCCGGCAAGCUCUAGCAAGCUCUACACUCCCCAGCCCCAGCAGUUCUGGGCAUUGCUCCGAGCAAUGAUGGGAAGGGAGAACAGGGGUGCCGCCCGCCCCUCCUCCGAGCUCUACCCGCGACAACAGGGCGCAGACGAAGUCUUCGACCUCGAUCUCUCCAAGCUCGACCUGUCGCGGCUGGAUCUCUCCGCCCUCGAUCUCUCUGAAGACGAAUUGGCGCUGUUGCUGCAGCUGAGGGACGAGCAGGCCGCGAGCAAGGCUGGAGGAAGGGAAGAAGAUGUCGAGCGCGACGAACUGAGGGAAUGGAGGGAGAGGCGCCGUGCCGAGAUUGCAGAGGGAAGAGUGAGGGACAUUGAUACGGAGGAGUUUCUCGAUAUCAUCGAAGAGCACGCUGCGAUUCUGAUUUACGAGGAGGCAUCGAGUAUCCUCCGCCGACACCCCGAUACGCCCCCGCUCGUCAAGAUUACGGCGACCGCGCUCCAGUUCAUGACGACCGAGGAGGGGCCAGACGAGGCCGUCCUCCCCGCCGUGCUCGUGUAUCGCCGCGGCGACCUGAUGGCGAAACAUAUCCGUUUCGAGGGUGACCUUGAGACACUUCUUCGUUCAAACCUCGCAGCUGUGGAAGGCGCCGACGAUAGCUGA